UUCAAGCACUCAGUGGACAUGUGACUAGUGACACCCAUACUGGACUGCCAGAGAGCACUUAACGUCACCACCGAAGGUUCUGUCCGAUGACACUGAUAACCUUUAAAGGUGGCCAGAAGGCUUCAGUGAGACAAGGUGUGUAAUGGGGUGGACUGUUAAUUAGAUGCCUUUGAAAGGUUUUUGAGAUCUUGCAAGGAUGGAAUUGGUUGAUUUUGAUAUGUUGUGAUUAUAGUGUUGGCACAAGGCCGCUUCCCAUCACAUGCAUGUGACAUGUGAGUUGUGCUUUGGACUCGACUGUGUAUUUACUACAUGCAGAGCCAGCCAGUCGAGCUGUAAAGCACCUUUCCUUUUGGAGUUUGCAGCUUCCAGUCCACAGACUUGCUGUAAUUAUGUGGUCAUAAAAAUGCACACAUGACCAAGAGAAGUAGAGAAGUCUGACGAUGACCUUCACGAAAACAGACUGAACUUAGGGUCAUUUUAGUGAGGUUUAGUUUCCUUGUUAGUUUAUUCAUGAAGAAUGACCAAGGAGUGUUUCCAAGGGCGUUUGCAGGCAGGUAAAGGAGGUGGCGGGACUUGGGAAAGGGUGGCUGUAAAUUGGUCAAUGGGAAGAUACUAUUUCAUCCUAUAUACUUUUUAACCUGGUUCUUCACUUUGUAGCUUCAGGCCCCAGGCAAAGGUCUAACUAGCAAUAAAAGCAAGGAUGACCUGGUGGUUGCCGAAGUAGAGAUCAAUGACGUGCCUCUCACGUGUAGGAACUUGCUGACUCGAGGACAGACGCAAGACGAGAUCAGCCGGCUUAGUGGGGCUGCAGUGUCAACUCGAGGGAGGUUCAUGACAACAGAGGAGAAGACCAAAGUGGGACCAGGGGACCGUCCGUUAUAUCUUCAUGUUCAGGGCCAGACACGGGAAUUAGUGGACAGAGCUGUAAACCGAAUCAAAGAAAUUAUCACCAAUGGGGUGGUGAAAGCUGCCACAGGGACGAGCCCGACUUUCAAUGGUGCGACCGUCACUGUGUAUCACCAACCAGCGCCCAUUGUGCAGCUGUCUCCAGCUGUUAGCCAGAAGCCACCCUUCCAGUCAGGGAUGCAUUAUGUUCAAGAUAAAUUAUUCGUGGGUCUAGAACACGCCGUGCCCACUUUUAACGUGAAGGAGAAAGUGGAAGGUCCCGGCUGCUCCUAUUUGCAGCACAUUCAGAUCGAAACGGGCGCCAAAGUCUUCCUACGCGGCAAGGGUUCGGGCUGCAUCGAGCCGGCGUCUGGCCGCGAAGCUUUCGAACCCAUGUAUAUUUACAUCAGUCAUCCCAAACCGGAAGGCCUGGCAGCUGCCAAGAAGCUCUGUGAGAACCUCUUGCAGACAGUUCAUGCUGAAUACUCUAGAUUUGUGAAUCAGAUUAACACUGCUGUGCCUUUACCAGCAGCCGGUUCAGCCUCCCUACGGAGCACCAGGCAUAGUGCCGCCAGCUGUUUCAUUGGCACCUGGAGUCUUGCCAGCAUUACCUACUGGAGUCCCACCUGUGCCAACACAAUACCCGAUAGCACAAGUGCAGCCUCCAGCUAGCACUGCACAGACUCCGAUGAGUGGACCUUUUAUUCCUGCUGCUCCCGUCAAAACUGCCUUGCCGGCGGGCCCCCAGCCCCCACCCCCACUCCC